GAAGACACCCUGAAGUAGACAAAGCUGAUCACAUCCGAGCUAUAGCUCCUCGUUUUGUUUACGAAUAAACAAACUAGGGACAAAUCUCUGCAUUUUUUAAUUGAUGUUCGGUUAAUAAUAAUAAUAAUAAUAAGUUCAGGAAAGUCACGCAUUUAUCGACUACUUAGUCAAAACCUUGUGCCUUUCCGAGAUGCUUUGGGUGCGGAGGAUGCGCCCUCAGACGGAGAUGGAGACAGCGAAAGCAUCAUAGCGCACGGGGGGCAUAGGCUACUCCAGCACACAAACCUUCUCUCGUUUUGGGCCCGAAGAUAUUUUCAGAAAUGGAGAAGAGAGACGAGUUUUUGUGUGGGGUUGUUGAGGGUUUUUAUGGACGACCCUGGUCUAUGGAGCAGAGGAAGGUGCUGUUUCAGUGGAUGCACAGAUGGGGUUUGAAUACAUACCUGUAUGGUCCUAAAGAUGACCUGAAGCAUCGUCUGCUGUGGAGAGAGGUGUACUCCACAGAAGAGGAAGCCCAGUUGAAAGCCCUGAUCUCAGAGGCUGAGAUGAGGGGUUUGAAGUUUGUGUAUGCUCUCUCUCCUGGUCAGGAUAUUGUCUUCUCCAGCUCUUCUGACCUGACAUUGCUGAAACGUAAACUUCGACAGGUGGCAGAACUGGGUUGCCAGGCAUUUGCUGUCCUGUUCGAUGACAUCGACCACUCCAUGUGCCAAGCCGACAUUGAGGCUUUCUCCUCAUUCGCUCAUGCUCAGGUGUCUGUGGCCAAUGAGAUCUUCCGUUUUCUGGGGGAACCGCCUGUCUUCCUUUUUUGCCCCACUGAGUACUGUGGUUCUCUCUGCUCUCCCAGUGUGUCCAAGUCUCCAUACCUGCUGACAGUGGGCGAGGACCUACUGCCUGGCAUCUCAGUCAUCUGGACAGGGAGCAAGGUGAUCUCACGGGAGCUGAGUGCUGAUUCGCUGCUGGAGGUGCAGUCUGUGUUGCAGCGCUCACCCCUGGUGUGGGACAAUCUUCAUGCUAAUGAUUACGAUUCUCGACGCGUCUUCCUUGGGCCCUUCAAGGGUCGGCCACCAGGGCUGCGAGCCCAUCUCAGGGGUCUGCUGCUGAACCCAAACUGCGAGUUUGAAGCCAAUUACAUCCCACUGCACACACUGGGGACCUGGAACCAAGCAGGGAAGGGGGAGAGAAAAGGUCAGGGUCAUCUGUACUGUUCAAACCAGGCACUUUCUGCCGCACUGAAGGACUGGAUGGAUGAGCUCAGUCAGCCUCUGCAGCCAGGUCGACAGAUCAAGCCUGCAGAGCACAAGUCAUCUACUGCCUCCUCCAAAGUCAAACCAACUGACAGCUUUGACAGUCAUCACGGGCCCCAGUCCAAAAGCCCCUGCAGUGCAAGGGCUCUCCCUCUCUGCUCUGCCCAGGCAAAGAAGGCCUUGGAUGGGACAGACAGUGGUGCUGCGCCCCUCCAGAGUGAGGACCGGGCCCGUGGGGCACCUAGCCGAGAGAACGUCCCAGGAAAAGGGCUUUGCGCUGGGAAGGCCCCUCUAAGCGAGGCCCAGGUCCGGCUGCUGGUGGGCCUGUACUACUUACCCCAUGAGCACGGGCCGCCAGCCCAGAGCCUGCUGCAGGACCUCACCUGGCUCCGUGGCAACUGUCACUACGUCAGUGUCAACGGCAAUGGCAAGAAAACUCAGCCACAGAAGGUGGAGGAGUGGCGUAUGCGGGCGGCCCACUUCCUGGCUACGUGCGACGAGGUGGCGGCUCUGCACGGCAGCGUGGUGAACAGCGUGAACAGGGCCCUGCUCUAUGACCUUUACCCCUACAUCUGGGACCUGAGAAACACAGUGCUUGUGGCCAAGGCCUUCAUCAGCUGGCUGGAGGGGCGUGUGAUGAGUGAAAGUUCUUCCCUGGGUUCCUGGAAGAACUGCUUCCACUGGUGCGGCGCUUCAUCGGGGGCGGAGCUUCUAGGCUUGGAGGCGGAGCCCUGGGUGUUUAAAGGAGGCCUGUCAGGGGAAGUACAGAUGCUUCUCCCUGUGGGCACCAGCACUGAGCUGUUCUGCCAUCCUCCACCCCUUUUCCCCACCUCUCGCGUCUACAACAUACGACCCUACCAGCAGAAAGACAAGGUGGAGCUGUACCGCAUGCUGCGACAGCUGCAUCAGAGGGCUAGAAGUGCCCAGGACUCUGCUGGGUGCCACCCAGACUUCGUUGGUGACAGGUACCUGGGGGCAUCUCUGGCCCUCUGCCCAGAGUAUACCUUUGUACUGGAAGAUGAGCUGGGUGUGUGUGGCUGCGCUGUUGGCAUCCUGGAUGUGCGCAACUUUGCCAAGCGCUACCAGGCCUCCUGGUUACCUGCUCUGAGGGACAAAUACUUAACGCGGCCUCCCCAUGGUGCCAACGGGCACAGUGCCUCAAAGGAGGUGCUAUUGAGUUUGCAUGAGGAGCAGGAAUAUCCCGAUUCGCUGCUGUACCACUUCCCCUCCCAGCUCCGGCUAGAGGCGCUGCCUGAACUGGUGGACUGCAGCGUCAGCAGAAGCCUCCUCACCUCUUUGCUCACAGCACUUAAAGCCAAUGGUUCCCAGGGUGUGUUUUGUGAGGUGCAGCCCACAGAUCGGCUCCGGCUGGAGUUCCUCACCAAGCUGGGCUUUCUGGAGAUCCUGCGUGGGGAGAGCCGCUCCACAGAGGGGCUGGUCCUGGGCAGACUGCUCUAGAGCUGCUGCAGAGAGGGGCUGGUCCUGGGCAGACUGCUCUAGAGCCACUCCACAGUGGGGCGGGUCCUGGGCAGACUGC